AUGGAUUUGGUCAACAACCUGGACGGUCGUCUUCUCUUUGCGAUCCCAAAGAAGGGCCGCCUGCAACAAUCAGCUCUUGACCUGCUCCGGGGUGCCGACAUCCAGUUCAAGCGCGAAAACCGGCUGGACAUUGCUCUAGUGAAGAACCUGCAGAUUGCCCUUGUCUUCCUCCCUGCUGCCGACAUCCCGACAUUUGUUGGCGAGGGCCAGGUCGACCUCGGCAUCACCGGCCUCGACCAGGUCAAGGAGCACGAUGCCGGUGUGCGGGCCAUGACGCGGGCACGGAGAGAAUCAGCCGCAGUGAGUGCCGACGUCGCCUCGGCCAUUGCAGCUGGGAGCGCGGCUCCGACGACGGCCAAGGCUCGCGGCUGCGAGACCGUUCUAGAGCUCGGCUUUGGCAGCUGCAAGCUGCAGGUGCAGGUGCCGGAAAAGGGCAGCUACGUCGAGCCGCGCGACCUCAUUGGCAAGAACAUCGGCACCAGCUUCGUCCACCUGGCCGAGGAGUACUUUGGCCGCCUUGAGCUGGAGCAGGACGGGCUGACCAGCACCGACGCCGCCGUGAGCCCCCGAAAGCUGCGCACCAAGAUCAUCGAGCUGAGCGGCAGCGUCGAGGCGGCCUGCGCGCUCGGUGUGGCCGACGGCAUCGUCGAUCUUGUUGAGUCGGGAGAGACCAUGAAGGCGGCUGGCCUGAAGCCUAUCGACACAGUGGUUGACUCGUCGGCCAUUCUGAUCAAGUCCAAGUCGCCGAGCAACCCGGAGCUGCUGGACCUGAUCGCCUCGCGCAUUAGCGGCGUCAUCACCGCACAGAAGUUCGUCCUCUGCCAGUACAACAUCCCGCGAGCCCAGCUGCCCGAAGCGACGACCAUCACGCCAGGCAAGCGUGCACCGACCAUCACGGCCCUGGACGAGCCUGACUGGGUGGCCGUCAGCGCUAUGGUGGAGAAGAAGAAGAUUGCCACGGUGAUGGACAACCUGGUCAAGGUUGGCGCCACGGACAUUCUCGUCCUGGAUAUCCACAACACCCGCAACAGCUGA